UCUCUCUCUCUCUCUCUCUUUCCCUUUCGUUGUUUAUAUCCUUUCCGCGAUUAAUUACCUGCAUAUCUCGAAGGUUAAUCUGCAUUCUGGAUUGAAGGGCUCAAACAGCAACAAGGCUCUUAGGUGGGGCCAGUGUAUUUUGGUUUAGCUGGACAGUGUACUAGGUAGUACUGCAUUUUUCCUUAGGUCUGAGUUUACUUGGUACAGAUCCUAUACAAUAGUAUUAACUUUUAAGGUAUUGGGAGGUUGUGUCUUCUCCUGAGCUUCAAAAUUUGUAAGGCUAAGGAAGUUUUUCUUUCCUCAUCUUAGAGUACGAAUCAUGGAAGAUCUGCCUCAGACACAGUAACAUAUUUGAACUAGGGACUUCAUUUCAAGCCCUUGAUUUUAUAUGCUUUUGUUAUUUCUGUGGGGGGGGGGGGUUUGGGCUUAGAUCUUUCAUGGUCAGACAUAGUUUGGAGCAUUGCUUGAAUAGCUUCUUGUAGUGAUCGGAAUGCUGGAGGCAGUAUGCCGGUGAUUGUGGGGAGAAAUGCAAAGGUAUUCUGCUACCAGCUGUGGUGGUGGAGUUAGUAACAGUGCAGUUGGUGGGACAUCUGCAAGGGAUAAUGCCAGAGCUGAUUCAUCAUUUCAAUCAUCUAACUUCUCUUUGAAUACAAGGCGGCCAUCACCAUUGUCUCCAUACAAGCUGAAGUGUGACAAAGAACCUCUAAACUGCAGACUUGGGCCACCUGAUUUUUAUCCCCCAACUCCUAACUGUCCCGAGGAGACACUUACCAGGGAGUAUGUACAAUCUGGAUACAAGGAGACCGUUGAGGGACUUGAGGAAGCUAGGGAGAUAUUAUCUCAACUUGGAAAUUUUACAAAACCUGUUGUUCUAAAAUGCAAAGAGGCAAUACGAAAACGCCUUAGAGCUAUCAAUGAGUCUCGUGCCCAAAAGCGCAAGGCUGGUCAAGUUUAUGGAGUGCCUCUUUCUGGUUCUUUGUUACUCAAACCUGGUGUAUUUCCUGAACAAAAGCCUUGUGGUGAAGAUUUCAGAAAGAAAUGGAUUGAGGGUUUAUCACAGCAACACAAGCGACUGCGUACUUUGGCUGAUCAUGUCCCUCAUGGUUAUAGGAGGAGAGCUCUUAUUGAAGUGCUCAUUAAGCAUAAUGUUCCGUUGUUGAGAGCUACUUGGUUUAUAAAAGUAACUUAUCUCAAUCAGGUUCGACCUACCUCUGCAAAUGUUUCUUCUGGGCAAGCAGAUAAACCACAAUCAGGCCGAACUGAGCUAUGGACAAAGGAUGUUAUUGAUUACCUGCAGAUCCUACUGGAUGAAUUUUUGUCUAAAAAUGGUUCUCUAUCUACUCUUUUCAGCAGGGGGGAUCAAUCACCACAGAUGCUUCUGGCUGGGUCUGUUCACCAAGGUGAUGGGGAGGAGCCUUCACUACAAUUUAAAUGGUGGUAUAUGGUGCGUAUCCUACAAUGGCAUCAUGCGGAAGGGUUGCUUCUUCCUUCUAAUGUCAUUGAUUGGCUUCUCAGUCAACUACAGGAAAAGGAAUCACUUGAGACUUUUGAGUUACUAUUGCCUAUAAUAUAUGGUGUGAUAGAAACUAUUGUUCUGUCACAAACAUAUGUGCGCAAUCUCUUGGAAGUAGCUGUUCGUUCCAUACAGAAACUCCCUCCUGGUGGUUCUGAUCUAGUAGAUAAUUCUCGAAGGGCCUAUACUGUCUCUGCUGUGGUUGAGAUGCUCCGCUAUUUGAUAGUAGCUGUACCUGAUACUUUUGUUGCCUUUGAUUGCUUUCCUUUACCACCCUCUGUACUUUCGGGUGCAAUAAAUAUAGCAAAGGUACAUGAGGUUGCAGGGAAGAUUCAAUAUGGGCCAAAUGAACUUACUACCAUGUACAGUGGCAAAAGAAAAGAUUCUCAUCACCGGCUCUUGUCCUUUGACCACAUUGUUUCAUGCAUUCAGAAAUCUGCUGAUACUCUUACAAAGGCUGUGAGCCCUGGCCCCCAAGGUCAUGGGUUGUCUACUGUUGUUCAGGCUUUGGAUGAAGCUCUGAUAUUGGGGGAUCUGAAAACGGCUUACAGUUUUCUCUUUGAAGAUCUUUGUGGUGGGGGUAUCGAAGAAGUUUGGAUUUCAGAGGUCAGUCCAUGCCUACGGUCAUCCUUGAAGUGGAUUGGGACGGUCAGCCUGUCACUUGUUUGCUCUGUAUUUUUCCUUUGUGAAUGGGCAACAUGUGAUUUUAGAGAUUGUCGGACUUCCCGCCCUCAUGGUGUGAAAUUCACAGGAAGAAAAGAUUUUUCACAAGUUUAUGUUGCAGUAAUGCUUUUGAAGCUGAAGAUGGAAGAUAUGCAGAGCUCGGUGCAGAGCAAAAAUGGCAGUCCUUUGGGAGAGAAUGGCCUUUCAAAAAAUGCCAGUCGCCAUGAUAGCCUUUCAGGUGGUACAGUUGUGGAUAGGGUUGCUGUACGUAGAAAGAAACCAGAGGGUUCAAGUGGAAGUAUAGAUACAUCAGAUAUUUUUCAAAGUCCAGGUCCUUUACAUGAUAUUAUGGUGUGUUGGAUAGAUCAACAUGAUGCAGGCAAAGGUGAAGGUCUCAAUCGCCUUCAACUACUUAUCAUGGAGCUCAUACGCUCUGGGAUCUUUUAUCCUCAAGCCUAUGUGAGGCAGUUGAUAAUUAGUGGAAUUAUGGAUAGGGAUGAAAUUCCAGUUGGUUUGGAAAGAAGGAAGAGACACCAUCAGAUAUUGAAACAACUCCCAGGUUCCUAUAUGCUUGAUGCUUUGGAAGAAGCACGGAUUGCUGAAGUUCCAUUACUAGUGAAGGCCCUGCAUGUUUACUCAAAUGAACGUCGCUUGCUGCUUCGUGGACUUGUUAGUGGUCGUUAUAAACCCUCCACGAAUAGAAAUGAUGCAAAUAUUGUCUACAAGAAAGAAAAGGAUAAUGCAACUUCAGGAAAGGAUAGCACUUCCCCCUCACUUGAACACUGGAGGAACCUUCAGUCAGCAUCCAGUCCUUUGUCUGGUCAGAAUGACAAGACCAAGUCUCAAGUUGCAGAACUGAAAACUGCCAUUUCCAUGUUAUUGCAUUUUCCAAACUCUUGUCCUUUACCUGCAGAUGCUCGAUCUGAUGAAUCUCAAGGGAGUCUUAAGAGGUCCAUUGGGUCAAUUGGCAGCAAGUUGGAUGCGACAGAAGGAACGACUGGCUGUGAAGAAUGUAGGAGGGCGAAAAGACAAAAGUCAAGUGAAGAAAGGAGCCCUUAUGCUCAAGGGUUUUCACCUAACCCAUCGGAUGAUGAAGAUACGUGGUGGAUGAGAAAAGGACCUAAAUCUGUAGAGCUCAAGGUCGAUCCACCUCUUAAAUCGACUAAACAAGCUUCCAGAGGGCGGCAAAAAAUGGUUCGUAAAACUCAAAGUCUUUCUCAGUUAGCAGCUGCUGCCAGGAUUGAGGGUAGCCAAGGAGCAUCAACAAGUCACAUAUGUGACAACAGAAUAAGCUGCCCUCAUCAUAGAACUGGUACAGAAGAAGUUCCUAAACCAAUGGAUGGGAUCAAAACUGGUCAUCUUGGUGAUAUUGUUUCAAUUGGAAAGGCUUUGAAACAGCAGAGGUUGCUUGAGAAGAGGGCUAUCUCUGUCUGGCUAAUUACUUUAGUGAGGCAGCUUGUUGAAGGGGCUGAAAAGACUCCAGCAAAGAUUGGCCAAUGUAAUGGGUCUUUCCCACCUAUUGAUGACAGGAGUUCCAUAGUGUGGAAGCUUGGUGAAGAUGAGUUGUUAUCUAUAUUAUAUCUCAUGGAUGUUUCUUCUGAUUUAGUUUCAGCCGUGAAGUUUCUGCUGUGGUUGUUACCAAAAGUUCUUGCCAGUUCAAAUUCUACUAUUCAUGGUGGGAGAAGCAUUCUGAUGCUGCCAAAGAGCACAGAGUCUCAUGCAUGUGAAGUUGGGGAAGCAUUUUUAUUGUCAUGUAUCCGGAGGUAUGAAAACUUACUUGUAGCAACUGAUCUUAUUUCUGAAGCACUCUCUGCUGCAAUGCAUCGAGCUGUGGCAGUCAUGGCCUCCAAUGGAAGGGCAUCUUGUUCAGCAGCCUUCUUUUAUGCUAGAAAUUUGUUGAAGAAAUACGGAAAUGUGGCUAGUGUGGUGAAAUGGGAGAAGAAUUUCAGGGCAACCUGUGAUCAAAGGGUUCUUGCUGAACUUGAAUCUACACAGUCAAUUGAUGGUGAAAUUAGAAUUUCACUUGGAGUUCCUGCAGGAGUAGAAAAUCUUGAUGAUUACUUCCGUCAAAAGAUUAGUGCAAGAUUAUCUCGAUCAGGCCCUAGCAUGAAAGAGAUAGUGCAAAGACAUAUUGAGGAAGCUGUGCAUUAUUUCUCUGGCAAGGAAAGGAAACCAUCUGUGGUGGGUACUCCAAAAGUUCCUAUAAUGGAGAAAUGGGAAGAUGGAUAUCAAGUAGCUCAAAAGAUUGUUUUGGGACUAAUGGACUGCAUUAGGCAGAAUGGUGGUACGGCUCAGGAGGGGGACCCCUCUGCUGUGGCUUCUGCCAUUUCUGCUAUUGUUGGUAAUGUAGGUCCAGCUUUAGCAAAACUGCUAGAUUUAACACCAGGCAGUAAUUACCAAAACUCUCCAUCCACAGUAAGCUUACCAAGUUAUGCUCGACGUCUUAUACAAAUUCACAUUACCUGUCUCUGCUUACUUAAGGAAGCUCUUGGAGACCGUCAGAUUCGUCUAUUUGAGAUAGCUUUUGCAACAGAAGCUUCUUGUGCUGUUGCUGGAGCCUUUGCACCUGGAAAGGCUGCUCGCAGUCAGUUUCAGCUCUCCCCUGAAGCCCAUGAGUCCAAUAUAAACCUGCCAAAUGAAAUGUUGAACAAUUCUGCAAAAUUUCUUUUUGGAAGGGCUGGAAAAAUUGUGGCUGCUGUGUCAGCUCUCGUCGCUGGAGCAAUUGUCCAUGGAGUUACUAGCCUGGACAGAAUGGUAUCUGUGUUAAGAUUGAAAGAGGGCUUGGAUAUUGUGCAGUUUGUAAGGAGCGCAAGAUCCAGUUCAAAUGGGAUUUCUCGUUAUAAAGUGGACAAUUCCAUUGAAGUCUAUGUGCACUGGUUUAGGUUGCUCAUUGGGAAUUGCAGAACGGUUUGUGAUGGACUAGUUGCGGAGCUCCUCAGUGAACCAUAUAUCUUGGCUUUCUCAAGGAUGCAGCGAAUGCUUCCUCUUAGCUUAGUCUUCCCUCCUGCCUAUUCGAUUUUUGCAUUAGUGAUUUGGAGGACUUACAUUCUCAGCUUAAUUCGUGAAGAUGUCCAAUUGUAUCAAUCAUUAGCAUUGGCAAUUGGUGAUGCAAUCAGGCAUCAGCCUUUCCGGGAUGUAUGUCUGCGAGAUACUCGUGCUCUCUAUGAUCUUCUAGCUUCUGAUGUUGGUGAUACUGAGUUUGCUGCUAUGCUUGAAAUGCACGGUACAGACAAACACUUGAAAACCAUGGCAUUUGUUCCCCUUCGUGCGAGGCUUUUCCUAAAUGCAGUCCUUGAUUGUAAAAUUCCACAGUCUGCCCCUCCACGGGAUGAUGGGAGCUGGGCCAGUGAAUCAAAAGUGCAACAUGCAGAAAAUGAGAUGAAGCUUCAGGAUCAGCUUGUGAAUAUUUUGGAUAGCCUUCAACCUGCAAAAUUUCAUUGGCAGUGGGUUGAACUUCGGCUCCUUCUGAAUGAACAGGCUCUCAUUGAGAAAAUUGAGGCCCAUAGUAUGUCCCUAGUGGAUGCUAUUCAGUCUCUUUCUCCUAAUGCUGGCAAUUAUACUCUUUCUGAGAAUGAGAACAACUUCACCGAGAUUGUCCUCACAAGAUUACUGGUCAGACCUGAUGCUGCUCCUCUUUAUUCAGAAGUAGUUCAUCUUCUUGGGAGAUCCUUAGAGGAUUCUCUGUUGUUGCAUGCUAAAUGGUUCUUAGCGGGACAAGAUGUUCUUUUUGGACGCAAGUCCAUAAGACAGCGACUUAUUAAUGUUGCUCAGCUCAGAAGUCUUUCAACUAAGGCCCAAUUUUGGAAGCCGUGGGGCUGGCCAAACUUUACUGCUGAUCUAUCAACAGUUAGAGGGGAAACGAGAAAGAAAGAAGCUAGCUUUCUUGAAGAAGGGGAGGUUGUAGAAGAUGGAAUGGACAUUAAAAGGUUGGGAAGAAUGGCCUCACAGUCAUUUGAUGCUGAAGGCUUAAAUUCCAGUCAACAGUUUGUAAUUGAAAGAGCUCUUGUUGAUCUAGUUCUUCCUUGCAUAGAUAGGAGCUCCGGUGACUCGCGCAACACAUUUGCAAAUGAUUUAAUCAAGCAGAUGAAUGGUAUUGAACAACAAAUUAAUACAGUUACUCGUGGUGCUGGUAAACAUGCUGGAGCAUCUCCCUCUGGGAUUGAAGGUGCUACACACAAAGGCAACAGCCGCAAGGUGCCGAGGGGUGGCAGUCCUGGGUUGGGUAGACGGACAACAGGAGCAGUUGAUUCUGCACCACCCUCUUCAGUGGCUCUGCGAGCUUCAAUGUGGUUGCGUUUGCAGUUCAUUUUGAGGUUGCUUCCAAUCAUUUAUGGAGAUAGGGAGCCAACUGGUAGGAACAUGAGGCACAUGCUUGCCUCAGUCAUACUCCGUCUCCUUGGAAGUCGAGUGGUGCAUGAAGAUGCAGAUCUGUCCUUUUAUCCCAUUCAGAGAAGUUCAAACAAAAGGGAGCUGGAAGCACGAAUGGAAGUAUCAGGUGCUUCCCCAUUGGAUCUUUCUGGAGACAGCCUCUUUGACUGCUUUUUGGCCGUCUUGCAUGGGUUACUGAGCAGUUGCAAGCCAAGUUGGCUGAAGCUCAAGCCUGCCUCCAAGUCAACCGUCAAAUCUCCUAGGGAUUCUUCUGUGUUUGAUCGUGAGGUAGCAGAGAAUUUACAGAAUGACUUGGAUCGCAUGCAACUGCCGGAGACAGUACGGUGGCGCCUCCAAGCUGCAAUGCCAAUGCUUCCCUCUUCCCUUCGAAGCUUCAUUUCUUGUCAGCCGCCAGCGGUCUCGACUGUAGCUCUUGCUGUGCUUCAAUCCAGCAUCUCAGUUCCAAGCGUCCAACAGGGGAAUCCAAAUGCACCACCAAGGACCCCAGUUUCUGUGGCACGAGCUGCCACAAACUUGCCAGGAAAAUCAAAGCUAUUCCCAUCACCGGACCAAGAUAUGGAAGUUGACCCUUGGACUCUGUUGGACGAUGGGACAGGUUCAGGUUCUUCUUCUAGCAACAGUAAUGUUGGUGUUGGUGGUGACAAUGCUAAUCUGAAGGCCUGUAGCUGGCUUAAAGGGGCCAUUCGAGUGAGAAGAACGGACCUUACAUACAUUGGGGCUGUGGAUGAUGACAGUUGAUUUUUUGUCGGUAUAAUUGUUUGGCCGUGUUGGGGCUUGGGCUGCUCUCACAAUGGCUGGGUUAUGAAUGCUCAACUUAUGCGUCAUUGACAUGGAGAUUGUAUCUCUUUGCCCCGCAAGGCCCCUUUGCCUUCCGUGGUAGGGAAAACUGCCAUAAGGGAUUUCUUCAGAGCAAGGGCACUUGUAAGGAGAGAGGUCUUCCUCACUUUCGGUACAGCUCUGGUUUAUAUCAGGUAGGACACUAACCUUUGAUGACCCCCUUUUUGCUGUCCUCUUGCAGGUGCUGCGUGGAAGGCUGUUGUAUAUAUAGGGAGAUAAUUGUUUUAUUUUUGGCCAUUGGGAAAGGAAAAAAUAUCUCAAGAAUGAUAUGUUUUAUUUUUGGCCAUUGGCGAAGGGAAAAAAAUAUCUCAAGAAUGAUAUGUAGAUGUUUUUCAA